AUGAAUGCGAUCGAGCAGUCUCCCGAGCAGUCUCCCGCGCCGAAUGCUCUGGCGCAUUUGACCAGAGUUCCGAUAGCUCAGCUUUCUCCCGACCUUGAGCGAUUGGCCAAAAAGUCUUUUCUUGCAGCUGUAGCACUUGUGUGGCCAUACUCCUCUUCGACCAAGUCUGUGAGCCUUCUGUUGGCAGAGCCGGAUUUCCGCCUGAGGGGCGCCAAAGGACAAAUCAAGGCCACAUUCCAUGGACGCGUCGCAGAAAAGGUCGCGGAAUCGCAUAUCGGAAUCGGGGAAACCGUAUGUCUCGCCUUGAAAGACAUCAAGUUUGUCAGCAAUGAAGGCGCCCAGCAAACCCCGGGAAGGUCUGUCGCGUGGGAUGCGCACUUUGAGAAUGGCGUGUCUCUCGAGAUCCACCGAUCUUCCCAAUCCCCGUUGAUAAUAUCGGUUGAGCCGCAAGUGACAGUACCGCAUGAAACCGAACUCGCACCGCCUACAACUCCUAGUGGGAAAUCAAUCAAUCCCGAACUCGACCUGCCUUCUAGUGCACGUCUCUGGGGAUCACCGGUAUUCCUCCAGUCUACUCGAACCUCACUCGGAGGAACAACCCGUUCCGCUUUCGAUCCUUUUGCGGAAGAAGAUGGAUUUGUGCCAGGGAAAGGAAGAAAAAAACCGAGGUACAGCUUGCAUAGGGAAGAUUGGCGUGUUAUCAAUGAACCAGAAAGCCCUCAUGAUCAAGAAGCCACUGUGGAUUGGGAACAGGCAUUGAACCAAUCUAUCGAUCAAGAGCUCGACGAGGCCGAUUCGGCGAGUGAGCCUUCAGACGCCCCAAUGACGGAUGCUGCCCAAGCUCAAACAUACACAGAGGAUGCACCGCAAGACCCACUUGCAGUGUUUGCGAAGCCUUCCCUUGAAUUGUCCGGGAGUAUCCUUGAAAAACAUGCCGGCGAGUCAAAUGUUGUGUCUCAUCAAGUUGAUAGCCAUGGAUCACCUUUUCAGCCGCCGAUGGAUACACCGCAGAUUCGACCCAUCCCUUCUCCGGGGCUCCCGAUCCCUUCGCCCCUUGUAUCUAAUCAUGCUGGCUCAGCUGGCUAUUUCCUGCCAUGGACCGCGCCCACGCAGUCUCAAGAGAUUCGACCUGUUCCUGCAGAGGGGGGCACCAUAGCAACACCCGCCGUAUCCCCCAUAGAGACACAUGAUACCGACGCCAUCGAUUCCAUUCACACAGAGACAGUGGAACCAGUUGAUACGGAUGUUGAACCCAUCCAGCAGGAACAUGUCCUCGAUGCCGGUUUUGUCUUCCGCGAUGAUUCGGCCUAUCCGGGCUCUGAAGGUUUACCGGAAAGACAGGAAGUUGAGAUAAUCAACUCUUCCGGGGCUGAUGGAUCAAAUGUCGUUGAAGCUGACUUUAUCAAUACUACCGGCGACGAAGCUCAAAUGUCAAAUGGAGGAGAGCAGAAGCCUGCUUUUGGUGAUCUUAACCUAUCCCGCGACCAUCCAGCACCACUUCUGGGCUCUGAAGGUGAAUUGGGUGACUCCCCUAAUGUCAACGCCGAAUCAGCUGCCGCUCUGGCUGAUAUUCGUACCGAAAAUGCCGUUGACGAAGCUCAAUCGUCAGAUGAAUCAGAUGAGGCACGUCUCAUUGAUGUCAGUUACCUAUGGCGCGAUGAUCCAGCAUUAUCUUCACGCUCGGAGGAGGACGCGGAAGAUGAAUCACUCGAAUCCUCAGAAGAGAUCGAGGGAUCAGAUAUUGCUCAAGCUGAUCUUGGCAUCGAAACUGCCAGCGACAAUGUGAAAUCUCCUCAAUAUCCGGGUGAACCUCAUGACGAGGAACAUUUUGAGCCAGAGACUGAGUCGGUCAACUAUCCACAACCAGCCUCUACCUUUGAUCAGGAUGCGAUCGAUGCCCUCGAAAAAAUGAUAGAGGCUCGAGAGGAGGAACACGAAAGGAAGAGAGACAUGGAAGAUGAAAAAGAAAUCGAAGAUGAUAUCGAUCGUUCAUCCAGUCAAGGAUACAGUGAAGAAAAAGAUGAAAUGAUCAAGGAUGAAGAAGUGUACUAUGCGGAGUCAGUGGAAAAUUAUGAUUCUCAAUAUGAAUACGAGGAGGACGAGGAGGAUUUCCCUUGUGAUCCUCGUUUGGAAUCACGAUUGGACCAAGAUGACUUCAGUGUCAUUGAAUCCAGUGGUGAAAAGUCUGAGCAAGAACAGAACCUGCCUUCGCAGACGGGAAACCAUGAAGUAAUCGUGCUGGACAGUGACAGUGAUGACGAGCCCGCCUCCAAUUAUCCGGUAGCCCCAGCUUCGACGUCAGCAGAACGAGAGGAUCACUCAUACGGCUUUGAAUCCGGACAUUCAGCUGUCCCUCCAGCUACAGCCUAUUUUGCAACCGAUGUACAGGAAUAUCCAGAGCCGUGGUAUGUCGAAGGAGAGGAUGGCUAUCACGGAGCCGUGGAAGAAGAUUCCGAUCGCGAUGAGCGCCAGGAGAGCGAAGAAAGUGAAGAGAGCGAAGGUGGCGAAAAGCUCGAAUACAAUCAACAGGAUGAUCGAGUUCACGAGAGUGACAUGGAUGAUGACGAGUCAUCCCGAGACCACUAUGCAACGGACCAUCUGUCUGAAGUGACAUCACCCAACCCUGAGCAGGGCGAAGAUCAAGAAAUGGAAGAUGCGGAGCUCAUCGAAGAAGCUGACAACAACGAAUAUCAUGCUGCUACCAAACCUGGUGUAGAGAUGGAAGUGCCAGUUGAUCGGGAUGCUGACGAGGGGCAAUUGGGCAAUGCUGAUCCAAAUUUGCUUGAUAUGCCUGAAUCUCACCAUCAAGGCCCAUCCUCGGAAAUUGAAAGUCAUCCCGGGCAGUAUCUCACUGGGGACGGACAAUCUGAUUUGCAUAUCCCUUCGUCUGUUGGAGAUGUUAUGACCGAUUUUCUGUUGAGGCAUGAACCGACUGUCGAAGGACCUGAGCCCCUUGGCGGUCGAGUCUCGCCGUCCGUUAUGCCCUCAUUUGAGCGACAACUCUUGACUCCAGACCCCACCCAGGAAAAUGCAUCCACGCGUGAACUUGUUCAUGAUAUUGAACCUGAAACUUCAAUCACGAUCGAAGAAAAUGAAGCUCCGACGGGGCUGGAUGCAAUGUCGCAGGCUGCUGGCUCCCCCGAGUCCGACCAAGACGAUGGUAUCGGGGCAGAACUCAUUAAAGGCAUCCAACAAGAGAUCCACAUUGACGGACAAGAUGAUGCCCUGGCUCCUUCGGAACUCGCUGAAGCCGCGGAACCCCCAGCAACACCCGAACCUAGCCGCUCUGUGGAGGUUGUGAUCAGCGCUGAAUCCCCAAAAACACCGGCAGUGCCCGUUGCACGGCCCCCAGGCCCUGACCGUAAUGCCUCUGGACUACGUAGCAAGCUUUCUUACUUCGCCCCGCUUGCUACACUCAUUGAUCAUUACAAUGCUUUAGUCGAUACCAUCUCAAUCGUGCACGAGGCUUCGCCGAUAACCCGAGCCAAAUCCGGUUCGAAAGACUGGUUCGUGACUAUUCAACUUACCGAUCCCUCCAUGGCUGGCACGACUCUACGUGCUCAGAUUUUCCGACGCUACAAAGCCUCAAUGCCGUCCUUGGCGGAAGGCAAUGCCAUACUGUUACGCGACUUCAAGGUCCGGAGCCUCGCUCACACCGUGAUGCUUGUCAGUGUCGAUUCCAGCGCAUGGGCAGUAUUCGACGGUUCGGGCCCCGAUGCCGAGACAAAUGGUCCCCCUGUCGAAUAUGACUCGCAGGAACGUGCCUACGCGUCUGGCUUACGUCGAUGGUACGAUGAAGUUGGCUCGGAUAGAGUCGCAGACCAUAUGCUCCAGGCAGCUAUCGAGAGAGACAGCCAGGAGCGCGAUAUGACACCAAGCAGCCAAGUGCCAAGCGAGUCAGGGAGCCCAGAUCCUAAGCGAAGCUCCCAGCGCAAACGCAAAAGCAAUCGAAGAGUCACUAUCCAUGAGCUGCGGGAUGGCACUCGUUAUACCGAGGUCGGGUCCCCAAAUAGUGGAAACAGCAGUGUUCACGAGUUACGGGAUGGCACGUUGUAUGCCAAUAUUUGA